AGCACGCUCAGAAGGGCGGUGGCACUGGGACGAAGUACACCGCAGCCCCAUCGUUGCUACUAUUUCUUGCGUUCCUUCACUGAUAUUGUGGCGGAGUACGGGUUUGUGGAAUGCCCUGCUGUGAGGGGGCUCCGUCAGUGCAGUGAAUAAGGAAACAACCUUAGAAAAAGUGGCGAGAAGCAGCAGCAUGUACUCCGCGGCGAGGCUCAUAGUGUGGCUGGCGCUGAUCUGCCUCGGGGAGGCGCGUGAGUGCUACAACUGUACAGGAGACUGCGUCAGAUUCACUGACUGCAAAGGUUCCUGCUUCACGCGUGUCCGCGAGCUGGGUAGUGACGAAAUUCGAAGUUGCAUCGAAGAAACAGAGGAAACAAAGUGUAUCGCAGAGAUCGACGGAGGAGAGUAUUACAAGACCUGCUAUUGCAACACAGAACGGUGCAACCCGGCUACUACUCCUGGCCACCCAGGCUUCCUAGUAUUAAUCCUGAUAACCGUUACACUCUUGCUGAGGGUGAGGUAAAAGUCUAUUUGGAUCUCAAACAAUGGGGAUAACACAUCAUUGGCACACUAGCUUUAUUACGAUUUUUGAUCUGGCGAUGACAGUCCCUUUAGUUUGUGCUUUGGUUACUGACUUUUUGAUAUUGCGUUAUGUUUAAAACCACUGCCAUGAUGUCAGUGUAUGUAUUUUUCAAAGCAUUAUGUUCAAAGUAUUACAAGAUAUUUUUAUAAGAUUUGAACUAUAUUGAUUGUUUUGAUAGUAUAUUAAAAGCGGAAUAGAUGUUUCAGGUCAUCAAUAUUGACAAUGUGCCUUCAUGAAAUUUUCAGUUUUGAUAAACUUCAUGGUUUCAAGCCGCUCAUUAAUAAAUAUGGUAAAAUAUACAAUACAAUGAAGAAAUAACAGCAGAGACAAAAGAAAACAUCGGGAGCACAAAUGUACGUAAAAUAAUUUCAACCUUAAACCUCAAAACAGUAAAAUUUCCCGUCUUUGCUUUAAUGGCUCACAUUUUGUUGGUUCCAUGUAUUUUCUAUUCUUUUUUUUUUUCAUGGUAGAAUCUAUGUUUUAUCCAGUCAUCAAAAAACUGCUAGCUAUUACAUGUACAUAUUGUUUUGUUAUAGUUGUUGUAUACCAUACCAGCCGUUUGUAACGAAAAUAUAGUGCUUGGCAAACUAGUACUAUUUGUACCAAGUUUUCCAUCCAGGAAUCUUUUACUUAUUACUCACCGAAAGAAGACAAAUCCUUGCCGAUAAAAAAUGGAUGGGAGGACGCCGAUUAACUCAGCAAGUCUAAAGCCGAUUUACACCGGAUGCGAUGCUUGCUAUGCUGUGGACGCACGCUCGUAAUGUUUGAUCUGUUGACUUUUUUUUACAUCUAGAACAAUGCCUAUAAGCUGGGCUGCAUCACUUAGGCCAUUUUAGUGUAACCAUAGGAAACAGUACUGGGUGGUUAUAUGGUAUGAAGGAUGCUGUAGAUACACGAAGCAGAUGAUUUGCCCGACGUUGCGAGAAUUCCAUUAAUUCAUGGAGAUAAAGGAUAAAAUAAUACCUCUCAAUUCAGCGAGUGACGGAACAUGACAUUAAGGGACUGCUAUAAAAACUUGAGUGAUCAUUAUGUGUCAGGCAAUUGGGCUUACUUCGGAGUAAGUUUCAAGAAUUGUGCGAAACGAAGAAUAAAGAUAGCGUAGAGAGAGGCAGGUGUGCCAACAAGAGGCGGGCGAAGAGACUGGUAUGCCUGGCGUGUGAUCACAAUCAAGUUCUUGGCACCAAAGAUCGUAUGCAGGACGCAUACGGUAUUUCCCAACUUUAACCUUGAUAUUUGCGAUUGUCUAAGGCCCCGUUCACACUGUGUCGACUCUGGGCCACAACAGCCAAGCAACUUUUAGGCCCCUUUCACGCUGUGCCGACUCACCAUCCGGAGAUCGUUUCUAGACCUCUUUCCGACUACGCGCGAUCCUUUCACAUCGACAUUUCACACCCAAGACUUCGUGUACCCUAGAGUCGUGGGUUGUUGUGGCCCAGAGUCGGCACAAUGUGAAGGGGGUGUAAGCCCCGCCUUGCUGGCUUUCUACACGACGAUACACAAAGAUAUAAAACAGACUACAAGAGGCCAGAUGACCUACAUAUUGCAGCUCCUGAGAAAGGGUUAUUCACCAUAUUCCCUUCCUGUCCAGAAAAACAGAUAACCUCAAUUUAAGCUUUCAAUUAUGCUUGCUUCAACUACAUACGUACCUGUUCAGUUUGUUCCACCCACCUACCACCCUGUUCGUGAACCAGUUUUUUCUUAUUUUCUUACUGAACCUGAAUUUUUGAAACAUGCCCGUUGGUGCGUGUUCAUGCUUCAGCUUUUAAUAUAAGUAAUUAAUUGAAAUCGCCCCUAUUAAUCCUCUUAUUUAACCAGUUUAAACCCUCAAGUCAACUUUAAAAUCAAGCCUCGCAGUCCACGUCAUUCUAAGGAAUGUAGGGCACGUCUAUUUAGUCUUUCUCUGUACCGUAAAUUUCCAAGUCCUUGGAUAAUUUUAUAAAUUCUUCUCUGUACUGUUUCGAGGGAAUCCAUAGCCUCUCAGUAAGAGGGGCACCGAAAGUAAGCAGCAUAAUCCAGGUGAGGGCUAACCACUGCAAGAUCAAAGUUAAGGAUAACCUAUACGCCCCGGUUGCUGAUGCUUCCAGAAAUAAAUCCAAGAUAGUAUUUGCGCCGCUUCAGGUGGUAAUACAGUGAUUUCUGGAUCAAAGGUCAGAAUUCACGCGCACACUUAAAUCCCUUUCGAACAUGGAAUAAUAAUUGUUACCUAAUGUGUAACUGGACUGUCACGAAGGACCAGAACCCUUCCGAGGAGGGAUAAGGAGAGGUACGUCAGAGGUCUCGCUAAGGAUGUCGAGGGUUGUUUAAAUGCAAACGACCUUAGACCUCCCUUUCGAACGCUGAAGAAGCUCCGUUUCAAAUCCACAUCCCAGAUGAGUACUAUCCGAACGACUGAUGUGCAGAUAGUAUCAGAUGCGGAUGGGUACCGGGCUCGUUGGGGCGAGUACUUUGGGUAGUUGUACAGGGCAGAGCCCCCAAACGGACAGCUCCUUCUGGCUGGGUUGCAGAUGGCGGCUGCUGAUCCACCAAUAGACCAAACUCCACCCUCUCUCGCGGAAGUGAGGAAGGCUGUGAGGAAGUUGAAGAUAGAAAGGCAGCUGGGAUCUGUAAUAUCAGCACAGAGAUGUUGAAAGCUGAAGGUGAAGCCAUGAUCCGUUGGUUGCAUGCGGCGUUGUCUGCCAUGUGGCAAUCCGGUGCCAUUCCUCUUGACUGGAAAAGGGGGUUGGUUGUCCCUAUCUGGAAAGGGAAAUGGGACCGACAGGACUGCAACAAUUACCGUGGUAUUACACUGCUCAGUGUGCCGGGCAAAGUGCUCGCUCAUCUGCUGCUGAUGCGAACUCGAUCUCUUCUCCUAAAAGUUUCAGAAACCUGAGCAAUCCGGGUUCACGCCCGGCAAGUCAACAAUUAACCAGAUCCUAGCACUUUGCGUCCUCGUAGAACGCCGACUAAGUUUCGACAAGGGCAGCCUGUGUCGAUCUCAAGAGAGCUUUUGACUCAGUGCAUCGUGGGGCACUCUGGGAUAUUCUGCGGGUCCGUGGGAUUCGUACAAGGAUUAUUGACCUGAUAACUGACUGGGACUGAGUGCUGUGAAGUGUGUGAGAGAUAUUUUCGGCUUCUUCCCUGUUAAUUCAGGAGUGAGGCAGGGGUGCGUCCUUGCUCCUUCACUUUUCAACACUUGCAUGGACUGGGUAUUAGGCAAAGUUGCUGAUCAAAAUCGUUGGGGAGCAUCUAUUGGCAUUAUUAGGGUUGGCGGUGGGUGAGUGGUAUCGUGCUGGGCCCACAUUCACCGCGUGAUGGACGACGCGAGUUCGAAUCCCCACGCUACCACCUCGGAUUUUUCAGUCACCGCCGAGUGGCUUAAAACUACCCACAUGCUGUCCUGAAGACCACCCAUCAACCCGGACUCUAGAGGAAACCGUCCAAGUAAAUCAAGGAGUUCCGGGGGGCAGCAUGAGCCAAGAGAAGAUGGCGCCACUAUAAACACUUGCCUGUGCCAUGAUGGGCUGGGGCCGAACACCAUCCAGGGCCCUCAAGCAAGCCUACCGGCGCUAUAGGCAUAGACUUAAAAAAAAAACAUUAAGGUCACUGAUCCUGUUUUUGCUGUCGAUGCUGUACUCCUAGCAGAAUCGUUGGAGGUCCUGGUGAAGACUACUGAAGUGCUGCAUGAGGAGGGGAAGCCUCUGGGACUGAAGGUCUCCUGGGGCAAAACCAAGGUCCAUUCGUUUCGAGGAUUGCUGGAUGACACAGUUCCGUCUCUCCAUGCAUGUGGUGAGGAUGUCGAAGUCACCAAAAGCGUUACAUACCUUGGUAGCAUAGUGCACAACAAUGGUGGGUCUCAACAGGAAGUCACUCGGAUUGGGCUGGCCCACUUUGUUAUGGACUCACUCAGCACUAGUAUAUGGCGUUGUCGAUAUCUAUGCAGACGGACAAAUAUUCGAAUCAUUAAGUUGCUUGUACUCCCUGUCUUACUGUAUGGCUGUGAGACAUGGACACUGAAUGGUGACUUGGAGAGGCGUGUCGAUGCCUUUGUUACCAAGUGCCUUCGCAGGGUCACGGGGUAUUGCUGGAAUGGCCGAACCAGCGACUACUCCGUGGAACUGAAUCGAAGUCUGCUACCAGCUUAGUCCGUGAACGCCAACUUCGGCUGUAUGGGCAAGUGACACGCCUCCCGGACGUCGAUUCUGCUCACAGGGUUGUUUCUGUCCGAGACAACCCAGAGUGGAGGAGACCAAAUGGCUGGGCUAAGUCAGCCGAUCCAACAGGGAAGCAUUUGAGAUGGACAGGGCAGCUGCGUGGGAGCUUGCUCGGGAGGAUCGCCGGGAGUAUGGGCGGCGAGUGAGUGAAGCGACGCGCUCCCGGGAGUAACUCCCCAUUAGUUAGUUAGAAAUGUGUAAUUACUUAAGAGGCUAUUUUUCCCCGCACAUAGGAUGUUGCAUUUGCUUAUGUUAAACUACAUCAUCCAUUCGUUGGCCCAGUCAAACAGGCCAUUUAGUUCCUCUUGUAGAACCACAACAUCGUUGUCUGAACUGAUAAGUCUUAGUAUUUCUAUUUUUAUGUCAUCAAUAAACUUACUUAUGUCACUGGUUAUGCUGCAGUCAUGAGCCUACUGGUAUAUGAUGAACAGCAAUAUGCCCAGAACUGAUCCCUGUGGCUAGUGGUAACUGAUUUAUCCCCAUUACCUGACAUCUUCAUAUCCUGCCACUAAGCCACGUCUUGAUUAACCUCAAAUCUUUACCUUCUAUCCCAUUAGCUAUUCGGUUACUUUAAAGUUUUUGGUAAGUCACUUUGUCGAAUGCUUUACUAAAAUCAAGAUAUAUGAUACCAUGAUAUUCGUCCCUGUCUCCCGCGCCGUGCACCUUUUUGUUAAAUGACAAUAAAAGUAAUUCAAGAUUUAUUGUCAUCGAACCCAUGCUAGGAGCCAUUGAUCAGGUUAUGUUUCUCUAAAAGGUCGCAGACAUUUCUAGAUAUAAUAUACUUGAACAGUUUUCCUACAUCCAACGUCAAACUUGCGUAACUGGGUGGUAUUUACACAAGGGGACAUGUAUUUUAUUGAUUUUUAUGAAUGCUUUCCAUUUUAAAUAAAAACAUAUCUUUAUGGC